AAUUGACGUCGUUGGGGAAGCUAGGCGGUUCUGGGAAGGCGAGGGGGAGUGGCGCGGAGCAGCAGUGGAUUCCGAAAACCUGAGUGGAGGCAAUCCGGGUCUGCAAGCUAAUAUUUUAAAUAUGACCACACCAAACAAGACACCUCCUGGCGCUGACCCUAAGCAGUUGGAGAGGACUGGAACAGUACGGGAAAUCGGUUCACAAGCUGUUUGGUCACUCUCAUCUUGCAAACCAGGAUUUGGAGUGGAUCAAUUACGAGACGACAAUCUGGAAACGUAUUGGCAAUCAGAUGGCUCCCAGCCUCAUUUAGUGAACAUCCAAUUCAGAAGAAAAACAACAGUGAAGACAUUGUGUAUUUAUGCGGACUACAAAUCUGAUGAAAGCUACACUCCAAGCAAGAUCUCGGUCAGAGUAGGAAAUAAUUUUCACAAUCUUCAAGAAAUUCGGACAUAUAGAAAAGCUGGAAGAUUUGAGUAGUGAACCCCAGCAUACUCACAUCCUGGAUCCUACAGUUAUUAAUGUUUUGCCCUAUUUGCUGUGUUAUAAUCUGUCCAUUUCAAAACAAGUUGCAGAUAUUUGUAUAUAUCACCCCAAAUUCUUUAGCAUGGUCAAUGAUACUAGAGUUAUUAAUAUUUGCUUAAGGUUCAUUUUUUAAGGUAAUAUUUAUAUAUAUUUUGCACAAAUCUUAAGUAUAUUUUUGGUGAGUUUUGACAAAUGCAUACAUUUGUAUAGCCCCAGCUCCGGUUGAGAUAUAGAACAUUUCUGUUGCCCCAGAAAAUUCUCUCAGACCCAGUCCCAAUUUCCGUCUCUAUCCUAGCCUUGGAGAUAACAGUUAUUGUGAUUUUGUUUAUUUAUUCAUUCAUUCCAUAGAUCAGUUUUGCCUAUUCUAGAAUGGCAUAAAAAUGGAAUCAUACAGCAUAUACUUUUAUGAAGGGCUUCUUUCACUUAGCCAGUUUUUUUGAGAAUCAUCUAUGUUGAUACAUAUGUCAGUACCACAUUCUUUUUGAUUUUGGAGUUGUAACCCAUUGUCUGAAUAUGUCACAAUUUGUUUAUCCUUCUAACUUUUUGAAGCCAAUAGAACAGUGCUUUUGUGACUUGAAUUUUAUUAAUUCCCAAAUAUUUGCAUUUCCGAAAUAUCUUAAACGAUUUUGAAAUGUGUACUUGGAAAGUUCUGGCCCUUAGCGUUUUUUCUUUUCAGAAAAUCAUUACACUCGAAUAGUCAUUAAAAACUUUUAAAUUAGGUGGUUCUGAGAGCUCUGGAAAGGACCUUUAAUUUUUGAAAGACUUCCAAUUACUUUGUGGCCUGGACUCUUCCUUGACUUAGUGUUUAUAUUUAGAUCCCAUAUCUGUGUUUAUAUUUCUUCCAUGAAAUAGUAAUAAAAUACUUAAUAAAAAUCACACAUACUUUCAUCAUUUACUCAAUAAGUGCAGUGUUCUCAUAUGAAAUUUGCUUAUGUAUUAACAAAUAAUAAGUAAGGAGAUUGUCCACAGGUAUUUCUUGUUGUUUGCUUGCUUUUUUGUCCUUCCAGUUAAUUAAGUUUGUCACUUUUUGAGAUGAUUACCUGGUUUGCCUCCAGGCAAUUAUCUUUACUUUUAAAGAAUAAUGCUAUAAAUUUUCUUGAUAAAUAAUUUAGUUUUGAAAAAUUAUCAUAAAUCACAUGAUCUUCUUUUAGUUUAAAAACAUUUCUUAUUAUGUCUGACAGACCAUACUGGUUAAUAUCUAUUUUUUAUAUUUGAAUAAAUUUGAAAAUAGAUCAGCUCUUAAUUUUCUUCAUUUAAUUUUUUUUCAUUUUCCUCUUCUUUUAUUCAGAAUUUUUAAAGUUAUUUUUAUUAUCAUAAUAAUAUUGGACUACUUGCUAGAUCUUUUAGUCAUUAUUUGAUAUAUCUAAUUAGUGCUUAGUGCUUUAAAGACUUGAGAGAUUUAUUUCUUAUACUUUAUUUGUUAAAAAUUGUAUAUUUAUCACAUGAUUGGGUCACUAAUAUUGAGAAGUCUUUUGGGAGCAGAAUCAUCUUGUUUUGAUUUAAAACUAAAAAUUUUCAUAUAAUUCUUCAGACAGGUUGAAAUAUGUGACACACUAGAAAUGAAAUCUCUAUCCAAGAUAUGUGUGUGGCAUACAUUUGUAAUGUCCACCAGAUGUCACUAUUGUCCUUUAAUUGCUGGUCUCAUAGCCUGGUGAUAAGUUGAAGACCUCAAGGAGUCUUAGUUGUAUUAGUUUUAACUGGAGUAGUCAAAAAUUUUUUAAUGCAUUUUGGGAACUGUGUAUCUUCAUACCUGAUUUCUAGAUUUAUGUAUUAAAUAUGCUUGUAUUUUGUAAAUAUACAAACUUUACAAAUGAUAUUUGGACCAUUGUGGAAUAUUUUUAAUCUAGUCUUUGCUUCUACUAUAUCAUCUCAGUCCUGAAACAUUAGCCAUAGCAUAAGGGCGCUUUUAAAUAGUCUCUUAAUUUUAUUCUAAGUGUGUUUAUAUUUCUCUGUAGUGACCACAUAGCCUCAUGAGACCAGUAAUACUAAAUGUUACCAGGUGAUAAUGUGAGUUGUUUUCCUGAAAAACUUAAUGAACAUACUGCUUUUCUGCCACAGUUCUCACUAAGGAACCAUAAUUUUUAGAUUUUGCUUUAAAAUAUUAGUGCUGCCUUUGCAGUUCAUAGUAUAAAGGAUACUUUAUCUUUAAUUAUGCAUCUUUAUAUGUGAUUUAUUCUGUUUACUUUUUUCUUUUAUAAGUUAAAGAAAUUAAGAAUCUGAUGGCACAUUGUUUUUUAAGGAAAGAUGAGCAGAUCAUGAGUUUGUUUUCUUACAUUACUCCUCUAUAAUAUCUACAUUAUUAAAAAAAAAACUUUGCUGCUUCUAACUCAGAUACUAAGAUAAGUGAUUAAAAUAGUGUGAACUUUUAUAAGGUUUUUAGAACCAUCAUUUCAUUAGUUGUAGGACUGAUUUAACUGAGUGGAAAAUCCAACUAAAUCUUUUUAUAUUCUUACAUGGCUGCUUGCCCACUGGAGGGUGUAGUGUGUAUUGAGUGUUUUUAAUAGGUUUUCCUUUUUUACUAGAAAUUAUGGAUUUGUUUACUUGAGACAUUCUAAAACCUAUUUUCUGUAACUUUAUUAUUGAUUUGAAAUAACAACUUUAAAAAAAUUAUAGUUCAAGGUGAGAAAAGCUAAUAGGUUACCCUGUUUAUCCCAAAAUUAUUGUUUUCCUAUUGUAUGUUUUCCUUCAUCUCAGUUAUGAAGCAUGAUAUUAUAUAUAGAUUUUUGUUACCUCUGUCGAAAAAUCUCUACAAAGAGAUCAGGCCCUUCCUUUACUAUUCUGGAAGGCGUAUUUUAACCUUUAUACCUGAGGAGGGACUUACAAUUAAAAUGGAAGUGAAGUUCAGACUUUCUGUAUAAUGGAUGCGAGAUUCUAUCACUUGGUUUGACCGAUUAAAACAUUUUUGGUGCCACAGUUGAAUUUAUUUAUGCUGCUUGUUCCACUUUCUUGUUUUCAAAAUUAUCUAUCCUAUACAAAUCGGAAACCAAUAAACUGAGACUAUUUUAUAAGAUGUUUAUAAUUUAGCUCUUCUGCACAAAAGACUGUUUCUAUAUAGAAGUGAGAAUUUAGCAUUUCAGAGUUUUGUGUCAUUAUAUUUUCAGAAUAUUUCAUUCUGUUGUGUUACUUUUACGCAGGAAAUCAUGUUUGUGUUGUUCAGGACGCUUUAUUCCGGAGACAUUUUCAAAUAAAGACAUAGUUUCUUUUUAAAUGUUUAAAUCCUUUGUAUUUUAGCAUCAUGUUUUGGUUUAAUGUUUUUUCUUUACCUUUGCUCUCAGAAAGGAAAAUAUGUGUGAAGGAAAUUUUUUGUCAUUUAGCAUGAGGAACCAAAAGAAUCCCAUAUAUUAAGUGUGCCCAUUUUAACAUUUUAGACAUCUCCAGAUAAAACCCAAGACAACUUAUAGUCUUUUUCAAUUUUCUAACUAGUUAUUUCUCUUUUAAAAAAAACUAUUGUAGAAAUUUUUGUUCUUAAAUAUAAAGUCAUUUAUUAGACAUACAGUGACACUGUCAAAAUUAUUUCUAUAUAGGUUGUGAAAAAAACUUAAGAUUAAUAGAUUUUUUCCUUCUAGCUUUUUUCUUUAUUAUUAUUAUUAUUUAAAUUUUAUAAUGAUUUUUAUUUUUUCCAUUAUAGCUGGUUUACAUAUUUUCAUCAUAUGUGCAAGUUGUCCUUUGGUUUAUUGUUAGCAUUUUGCUUCUGAAAUUUGUAGCCACAAAAGGAUGAAAUAAUAGUAGAGCACAAGAUUGAGCACUUAAUUUUAAGCCUUGUUUUUAUUUUCAGAUAAUAAAGCUGUUACCAAGUGAUUUUUUUUUUUUUUAAGAGGAGGCUUGAAACAAGUCUUCAGUGUUAGCAGAGCUGUAAUGAUAUUUUCCUUUUCUUCCAUGUGGGCCAGCAUUUUGGCUCUCUACUUUGUGUCUUAAAUCAGUAGGAUGACAAUGGGAGUCCAUAUGUGGUACUUUGACAGAAGUGGUUAAUAAGUCAGCUCUUCUGUUAAAAUAACAUUUACUAUUAUAAUUUGAGUUCCAUUAAUGUGUGUGGUAAAGGAUAUGCAGACAAAGGCUCUGACUCUCUCCAUUGAUCUUAAAAUCGACUUAUAUUUACUUUCUUAUGAGGGGCCUAUUUUAAACAACUUGAUAUAAAGUAGAACGAUUUAGGCAGUAUCUAUAAACAUAAAUUGGUUUGAUAAGACAGAGUGUUUAAUUUAUUUAGCCUUUGGAAAAAUAGUUUUUUAUUAAAUUUAGCUAUUUUAAAAGAAAAUAUUUUUAAAAAUUAGUUUUUAUAAGUAACUUUAGGACAUCAUUGAAAUGAGCAUAGAAUGUUUUGGUGUGGUACACAUGAUUUUUAAACUAGAAAUGUUGUCUUUUAUCCCUCUCUAAAAGUAACAUAUGCAAUUAAAAAUACUCAAUUAUAUACAUUACUUAUUUCUAGAAUGGAGUUGAGGUUAGUAUGCAAAAAAUACGUUUCCUUUUGAAAAUAAAAUAUAUUACACAGUAGAAUAUCAUAGAUAGUUUUAAGGAGAAACAUUAUUUUAUUUCUUGUUUUUUUGCUUGGUCACAAACUUAGACUAUGGAUUUUUUGAGUAGUCUGGCAUUCCCAUACACGACAGAUUCAUGCUUUCUUCAGUAAAUAUUUAUUUAGGGCCUGGUGCAUGGCAACACGUGGUAGGUCCUGGGGAUACAGCAGAGAUAGUCACUGUUCCUGCCUUUAAGCACUUCAUAGCUGAUGGAAGAGACAGGCAAAUAAAUCAAGUUACAAUAUAGUCCAGUAAAAACAUAAAUGGAGUAUGGGAACACAAUAGAAUAUUAGGAGCAUAAUAGUUUAAAAUUCUUUUCUAAAAGAGAUGAUGGUUCAACUGAAUCUGAAGGAUAGAUGUAAAGCUGACUCAGGUGGAAAAUAAAGUGGAGGCAUUCUAGAAGGGAGCAUGGCAUGGCAUAUGGAAAGGCAUGGAAGUGUGCAGCUAUGGCAUAAUGGCAGAACUGCUGAUAAUUUAGUGUGCCUGGAAACUGGGUAGGUGUGAGGAAGCAGCAAGAAAUACUGGAGAAGUGCUUAUUCAUUCAGCACUGUACAUAAGGAGUUGCAUUCUUACAAUAAAUAAGUAUGUAAUUGUUCCAGUGAAAAUAAUAGGCAAAGAAAGUCAGAUUGUGCUUGCUGUCAGACUUUGGGGGAGUUUAAGCUUUAAAUAAAGAAACAUUCAUAAAGUUAAAUCUUGGGAAUGAUGGUGAAGACCAGAUGUGUAGUAUCUGAGUAAAAAUUAUGAGGAUUUAACUAAGGCUGUGGCAGUUGGGUUCAAGAAGAAAGGUUGUAUUUGAAGUAGACUCAAAGGGACUUGUGACUGAUUGCUACUUGGGGUUUACUGGGAGUGUGGACAGGGGUUCACGUAGGUAGAAGGGGGCAUCUAGAAUUCUUUUCAUGUCUGGCAAAUGAUUGAAUGUUGCGAUGAAUCAGAAAUAGAAUUCAGAGUUAAGGAACAUUGGGGGUGGGGGUGGAGAGACAGCUUAAGCUCAUGAGGUUGAUUUCUGGUAUCUUUUCAGGUGGAGGACUUUCCAGUGGGUAGUCAGGUGCGUGGAUCUGAGCCUGAGGAAAGACAUCUAGGUUAGGGGUUGAGAUUUGGAAAUCAUUCAUGUGUAAGUAGAAGCUUAGGUGUGAGUUUUGAUUUCAUUUAAGGGAGUAUGUAUAGUUGAAGUGUACCGGGGCAGCAACUGUGGAAAUACCAGUAUUCAAGGAUUGGUUAGGAAAAGACCAGCCAAUGAAAAAAGCUGAGAGGAACUGCCAGAGAUGGGAAGAAAAUCAGGAGAACGUGGUGUCGCAGAAGUUGGUAAUGGUCAGGAAUCCAGUUAGAUAGGGACUGGAAAGUUUCCUUCCUAAGCCCGUGUUACAUGUUGUAAUAGGCAGUUUAUUUAAUGCAGUUCUGAACUGAGAUAGUUCUUGCAAGCAAUUUAGUCACUCUUUGGAGUGAUAAUUUCUAAUUUAUGGAUUUGAGACUAAUGAAGUUAUUGGCUUUAAUAGGAAUUCCAACUUUUCCUAUCAUAGUAUUUAUAUCAAGUUAGAAGAUUCUGAUGGAUAUUCUUAUUUUGUCUCAUAAUGCUUGGAAUUAGAAGGUCGUGUAUUGCUGAUGUAUUCUUCAAGGAAACAGUGGAGUUAAUGAGGUUUCUUUCAGGAGCUUGUGCUGUAUGGUUGCUUUUUUCUUUUAUUUUCUUUUGCUUUUUAGGGCUGCAUCUGCAGCAUAUGGAGGUUCCCAGGCUAGGAGUCUAAU